UUUAGCACAAGCUUGAUUUGCCCUAGUGUGUAAGGAAGAAGCUCAGGUGUGUCUUAUUAAACACACAGUAAAACCAGGAAUAGCUCAAACUGCUAUGCAAUGGGAAUCUUAUUUUCCCUGCAUUAUCCAAAUCCAAGCCUAUUUAUUGACACCCAACAUAAUUUUAAUUUCUGCACCCAGGUCUUGAGAAAAAACACAUGGACUCCAUUUUAACUCACCUGGAACGGUCGACUAAUCACAACGAGACAUUCUGGGGCAAAGGUCACACGCCCUCCCCAGGGUUUCAACUCUUCCUGUGGCUCAGCCUGCCUCUGUCAAUCAUGCUGCUGCUGGUCCUGGGAAUCUUCAACAUCCUGGUCCUGCGCGCUAUACUGAGGUCGUCGCGCCGGGUCAAUGUGACGGCCCAGGUGAUGGUUUCCAUGGGGAUAGCCGACACAGCGCUGUGCCUCACCGCAGGCCCGGCUUUGGUGCUGUCGGACCUGCAGUGGUGGACCCCCUUCUACCCCUGCCUGGUGCUGACCUGCACUGUGCUGAGCUGGGCAAUGACCUCCUCUUUCCAUCAUAUCCUCAUUGCCUACUACCGCUGGUACAUUGUGGUGCACCCCACCAGGUACAGAGCCUCACUGACCCAACCCAACAUCCUCCUGCACAUCUCUCUCUGCUGGCUGGCUGGGUUUGCAGUGAGCUCCAUCCCGUACCUGGGCUACAACAACUACACCUCCCUGCAGACUGCCUCUGCCCUGCUUACCACCAACUACACCCUGGCUAGCAGCCUCUCCCCUUCCCCCUCCCCCAUGGCCUUUAACACCGGGCUCUCUCCUCGCCCCUCCCCCGGGGGCUGUGCACUGUCCCCAGCAGCCUGCCGCGUCCCCUGCCUGUACCUGAACGUGCUCUCUCUGCAGUACCUCACCUACUUCAUCUUCUUCGGCUGCAUGCUGCUGCCCAUGGUGAUCACCUCCCUGCUGUACUGCCUCAUCUUCCGAGCCCUGUGGGCGCACGGCCGGGGCCGCUGCCUGGGGAAGGGCUUCCUCCAGCGGCAGCAGCGCGUGGUCUGGAGCACCGGGCUCCUCUUCAGUCUCUACAUGCUCUCUCGCCUGCCCUUCAACGUGACCAACGCCGUGCUGCUCUACUGCCCUGGCUGCCCGCUGCCCUACUGGCUCCCCCCCAGCGCCCUCGUCUCGGCUGUGCUCAGCGCCGCCUCCAACCCGCUGCUCUACUUCCUCCGGGACCGGGAGCUGCUGGCUGCACUCAGGGAGGCAGCGGGGAGGCUGUGCCGGGGCAGGCAGUGGCGGGGCAGGGUGGGGCCUAUGGGCAGGCUGCCCACCGUGGAUAAACCCGGACUCAGUCUAGCACAGGGGUUUGAGUGA